UCCGUCAGUUCAGUUCAGUCUUACUAGCCGUUCGAUACACCUGUCGCGUAAUGAGAACGAUGAACGCUCAGCAGUAGUAUCAUCGUCAUCGUCGUCGUCGUGUUGUUUAAGUCGCCGCGUUUGAUUCGUCGUUCGAUGUACCGGUUGAACCUUCCCGGCUGAUUCCAGCUAGCUAGGUAUCUAUAACAAUAACAUCAGCUGCGGUUAUGCAUUGAUAAGUGUAUGUACGGUAGAGUUGUGAUGCAAAUCGAUACCCUCCUCCAUAUGCACUAACUAAUCGAACGGUAGCAUCGCCCCAUAGUUGGUUGUUAGUAGUUUGCAGUUGCAUGCAAAUUUAUCCAUCAAGGUGUGGUGGUUAUGCAGUUCGCGUAUCGUGCGCAUCAUGGAAGAAAUUUGAUCUCGGGAUCCACUGGCAGAUAUUGGAGGGCGUCUAGACGCGGCCAAACGUGCACCAGUCAGUCAGUCACUCAUUGAUUGAUUAUUAAGUAUACACUCGGAAUAUGGAAAACGAUCGAAACGAUAGUGAAAUGUGGAUUAACGUACCUGCCUUGGGAAAAACGUGCUUUGUGCCGACAAGGCGCUCAUUGCUGUGAGAAAUUGUAACCUGAAGCCAAUAGUGCUUACAACCUGGUGGAUACACAUGUGCUACGCAAAUUCGUGAAUACAACAAAUGGGAGAAAUGUGUGCUCGUAACUAAAGUGAGGGUUCAAGGAAAAACAAAAGUCUUGGAUCUUGAAAAAAAUGUUGUGUAACGAUGUAAUUUAACCUGACAAAAUAAAGCACCGCCAGUGAUAAGAUUCAGCCUGAGAAUCAGAAAAUGUUUCACACGAAUGUUCGUAUCUGAUAAAAAAUCGAAGAUCCGACGCUUACUGAUAGAGCUGGAAUUAUUCGCAUGCUAAACGUAUCGGAUUCAGGCACCUAUGCUACACAUUUCCUAAUUGGAGUGGUACUACCAGAGUACAUCUUGAUUGCAGUAAGUUUAAAUUCUAAUCAACCAUGGAAUUUGCACUAUCGGUGGACGAGGAAAAUGCCUUAACCCUGUACGAAGAACUCGAACGAACAGACAUCAACACUUUGAAUCUGAACGUGGACUGCUGCUGUGGUUUGCUGAAAUCUUCACCCUUUCAUCAGCCCAAAUCGAAGUCCAGUUCCAGGGAACGUUUCCGUGCAGAUUCCGGGGUAUCCAGUGAUGAUGAGCAACAUGUGGUUGAGCAUCAAUGUUCACGAAACUCAGAGCACAACAACGAUGACAGCAAGCACAGUAAAGGGCAGAAGUGCGAUCUAUACAGCCCGCUGCACAGACAUCCCAAGAGUAGUGGAGGAGCACGAAGCAAAUCCAGUGCGGUCCGGAGGAACGAGCGAUAUCGAUGCUUCGGCUUGCUGGAAUCCAACAUAAUGAACAGUUUUCAGCUGCAAAACUAUCGACGGAAAACCAGUGGUUACGAUUCCGGAAGUUCCUCCGGACAAACCAGUUACAGCUCAACCACCUCCAGCAUGAUCGAGGACAUCUCGGAUAAAAUCGAAGAAAUAGGAAAACUGGAUACCAACAUACAUUCUCUGAUGUACAAAUCAGUUGAGCUUCAUAACGACAUUUUGUCACUCGAAGCAACUACCAAUCGCCUGUUGGCGGAUGCCCGAAAGCUUUCGGACGACCUUGACGAUGUGCGGUACCUCGAUGAAUUGAUCGCCAUUUUAGAAGGUGACAUCGGACCCGUCAUACAUCGUGAAUGGCCCUACAAAAUCUUAUUUGACACGCCCAUAGAAGAGGGCACACCAGUUACGUGAACCGGUCAUCACCUGCACUACUUAGAAGUAUCGUAGCAAUUGUUUUUCCUAAUAACUAGUUAGAAAUUCUUCCACUGUUAAUUUCAAACCGGAACCACAAAUUCACCAGUUGAGGUUUGUUUAAAGUUACCAUAUUUCAAACAUUCUACACAUGUACGACUGCAUUGUGCCUGUCCUGAGCAGUCAAGAACUAACAUACAUAUUCCAAUGUAAGGCCAAAGAGUUGUGACAGCUAUCUACUGAAACGAAAAUAAAACCAAACAUAAAUAGCAGAAACUGUGCUGGUAAGGCAAUAA